GUGUGGAGUGUUUCGGAUUGUAAAGUUUGCUGCAGGUGUGCUCGAUGCAGCUGAAACGUCUCCUCUAUUUAACAGGGCUUGGAGGCAUCGCUCGUUCCAGAGACGGUCUGUCGAGGAGCAGAGGAGGCGCGAGAGCGAUGGCGUCCAGCAGCCCGGCGGCGGACACAGUUUCAGAGCUGACGGUACCCGUCCCGUGGGGAACCCUCACAGGUAAGCUCUGGGGUCCUGAGCACGGCCGUCCUGUGCUCUGCCUGCACGGCUGGUCUGAUAACUGCGGAACAUUCGACACACUCCUGCCCCUUCUCCCUAAAGAGUGCCGCUACGUGGCCAUCGACCUCGCAGGCCACGGCCGCUCGUCUCAUCGUCCUCCUGGAUCGCUGUACACCUUCCCCUCAUAUGUGCUGGACGUGCGCCGAGUUGUUAGUGCUCUGCAGUGGAGCAAAUUCUCCAUCAUCGGCCACAGCAUGGGUGGAAACGUGGCCGGCGCGUUCAGUGCUCUGUAUCCGGAGAUGGUGGAUGCCCUCGUGCUGCUGGACUCCUACGGGUUUUUACCGACUGAAACGAAAGAAAUCCCCAGCGUGAUGAGGCAGGGGCUGGAUGAGAUGAUUCAGUAUGAAAAGAAGACGGAGGCGGAGAAACGAAGAGUUUACACUUAUGAGAAGGCUUUGGAGAGGCUGAUGAGCGUGAACCAGAGUCUGUCUGAAACAUCUGCGAGAAUCCUCCUCCAGCGAGGUUCAGUUGAAGUUGAAGGAGGAAUCGUGUUCUCCCGAGACUUCCGGAUUAACCUGAAAAAUGUGGCGCGCAUCACGGUGGAGCAGGCCCUGGAGCUGCAGUCCCGAAUUCAAGCCUCCGUCCUCGUUGUCCUGGCGGACGGCGGCUUUGAGAAAUUCUUUGCCGAUGCGGAGCAAAAGAAGUUUAUAAACCAGGUUCUGCAGGCGUACCGGGACCAAAAUAACUCGGUCGUGACGGUUUCAGGCAAUCACCACGUCCACCUGAACGAUCCCGAAGUCGUCGCUCCGGUCGUGUCGGAUUUCCUGCAGAAAAAAGUUCUCUCGCCGUCAGCCGGAGCGCCGCCACCUCAGUUUUCCCAUUUAUAGAGAAGCACAGUCGCUUGUCGUUUCUCCUUAUGUCACACUUCUAAUGAGCUUUCUAAUCGACGACAUUGAUGAACCCGUCAGCGUGUUUCCAUGUGUGACUAACAGAGGACUCGUUUUGUGAUCCUCCUCGACACUU